AUGGCGUCCGGGCCUCACCCGACCGCGACCGCUGCCGCCGCCGCCUCGUCGGCCGCCCCGAGUGCGGGCGGCUCUAGCUCCGGGACGACGACCACGACGACGACUACGACGGGAGGGAUCCUGAUCGGCGACCGCCUGUACUCGGAAGUUUCGCUCACCAUCGACCACUCGCUGAUUCCGGAGGAGCGGCUCUCCCCUACCCCGUCUAUGCAGGACGGGCUCGACCUGCCCAGCGAGACCGACUUGCGCAUCCUGGGCUGCGAGCUCAUCCAAGCCGCCGGCAUUCUCCUCCGGUUGCCGCAGGUGGCGAUGGCAACGGGGCAGGUGUUGUUUCAUCGUUUUUUCUACUCCAAGUCUUUCGUCAAACACAGUUUCGAGAUUGUUGCCAUGGCUUGUAUUAAUCUUGCAUCAAAAAUUGAAGAAGCACCUAGAAGAAUAAGAGAUGUGAUUAAUGUAUUUCACCACCUACGCCAGUUAAGAGGAAAAAGGACUCCAAGCCCCCUGAUCCUUGAUCAGAACUACAUUAACACCAAAAAUCAAGUUAUCAAGGCAGAGAGAAGGGUGCUAAAGGAGUUGGGAUUUUGUGUUCAUGUCAAGCAUCCCCAUAAGAUCAUUGUUAUGUAUUUACAAGUCUUAGAAUGUGAACGUAAUCAAACCCUGGUUCAAACUGCCUGGAAUUAUAUGAAUGACAGUCUUCGAACCAAUGUAUUUGUUCGGUUCCAACCAGAGACUAUAGCAUGUGCUUGCAUCUACCUUGCAGCUAGAGCUCUUCAGAUUCCAUUACCAACUCGUCCCCAUUGGUUUCUUCUUUUUGGUACUACAGAAGAGGAAAUCCAGGAAAUUUGCAUAGAAACGCUUAGGCUUUAUACCAGAAAAAAGCCAAACUAUGAAUUGUUGGAAAAAGAAGUAGAGAAAAGAAAAGUAGCCUUACAAGAAGCCAAAUUAAAAGCAAAGGGAUUAAAUCCCGAUGGAACUCCAGCCCUUUCAACCCUUGGUGGAUUUUCCCCAGCCUCCAAACCAUCAUCACCAAGAGAAGUGAAAGCUGAAGAGAAGUCACCAAUCUCUGUUAAUGUGAAGACAGUCAAGAAAGAACCUGAGGACAGACAACAGGCUUCCAAAAGCCCUUAUAAUGGUGUAAGAAAAGACAGCAAGAGAAGUAGAAACAGCAGGAGUGCAAGUCGAUCAAGGUCAAGAACACGAUCACGUUCUAGAUCACAUACUCCAAGAAGACAUUAUAAUAAUAGGCGGAGCCGAUCUGGAACAUACAGCUCAAGAUCAAGAAGCAGGUCCCGCAGCCACAGUGAAAGUCCAAGACGACAUCAUAAUCAUGGUUCUCCUCACCUUAAGGCCAAGCAUACAAGAGAGGAUUUAAAAAGUUCAAAUAGACAUGGUCAUAAAAGGAAAAAGUCUCGUUCUCGAUCUCAGAGCAAGUCUCGGGAUCACUCAGAUGCUGCCAAGAAACACAGGCAUGAAAGGGGACAUCAUAGGGACAGGCGUGAAAGAUCUCGCUCCUUUGAGAGGUCCCAUAAAGGCAAGCACCAUGGUGGCAGUCGCUCAGGACAUGGCAGGCACAGGCGCUGACUUUCUUCCUUUGAGCCUGCAUCAGUUCCUGGUUUUGCCUAUUUACAGUGUGAUGUAUGGACUCAUAAAA